AUGGAUCAGCCCAUCGCGAUCGAUCCCUAUUCCACGCUCCCUGACCAGCUGGUGUUACGGGAGCUUCUGCAAAACUCGGAAGGGCAGGAAAGUACGCCAGAAACGAUCCAAAAGCUGCAUGCUCUCAAUGAUCCCAGCCAUGCAGCCUUUGACCCAACCGUGUUCCAGUUCUGGGAGACGCACCACCUUCGCGUCCAACUCCCCGCCAUCGUUCGGAAGUAUCUCCUGGAGCCCUAUAUCGCCUGGGCGCAAGGCGCCGCACGCUUUCCCACCGAUGUGGUCAUGGUGACACAUCUUCUCCUCUACCUCACCACCUCGAUCCCCAGCGCUAUCUGGCUUCAUUGCUACCACUUCACCUGGGUGCAUGGCCUCCUCCAUUGGGUGCUUCAUGUCUGGUAUACCGGCACCUACACACUGAUGAAGCACCAGUACAUCCAUCUCAACGGAAUUCUCGCACCCUCGUAUCGGUGGGUUGACUGGCUCUUUCCCUACAUCCUAGAUCCGCUGCUCGGUCACACCUGGCAUUCCUACUACUACCAUCAUGUGAAGCAUCAUCAUGUUGAGGGCAAUGGGCCGGACGAUUUAAGUUCGACCAUGUGGUAUGAUCGGGACUCCCCCCUUGAUUUCGCGUGCUACGUGGGCCGCUUCUUCUUUCUCAUUUGGCUGGAGCUGCCGUUGUAUUUCUGGCGCCGUGGGAAGCGAGCGUACGCAGUUCAGGCUGCCUUUUGGGAAUUGAGCAAUUACCUGUUCCUCUAUCUCCUGUGGAGAUAUGGCAAUGCCCGAGCUGCCUUCUGUGUCUUUUUCCUGCCACUUCUGACGCUCCGCUUGGGCCUCAUGGCGGGGAAUUGGGGCCAGCAUGCAUUUGUAGAUCCGCAGGAUCCUACCUCCGACUUUCGCUCCAGUAUCACCUUGAUUGAUGUAUCGAGUAAUCGAUUCUGCUUCAACGACGGCUACCACACCUCGCAUCAUUUACAUCCGCGACGACACUGGCGGGACCAUCCGCAGGCCUUGUUAAAGGACCGGUCGCGCUACACGGACGAGCAAGCCCUCGUCUUCUGCAACAUCGAUUAUCUCAUGCUUACCAUUAGACUACUGCGGAAGGACUACGAGUAUAUUGCGAAAUGCAUGGUUCCUAUCGGGACCCUCCAAACCGCCAUGACCCUGCAGGAGCGGGUAGCCAUGCUGCGCGAGCGCACGCGUCGGUUCCCGGUCCAUUGCAUGCGCCGCAAGUGA